CCGAGCCCGGCGGAGCCUCGGCGGUCCCUGCUCGGCAGCAGCAGCAGCCAUAGCCAUAGCCAUGAAGUCUCUGUGUCUCGUCACCGUGGGCGUCCUGGCCAUGACGCUGCUCAUCGCCAGCAUCUCCUUGCUGGUGGCGCACGUCUUCCAGACGGUGGUGGAUCUGCAGGUGAAGCAGGGAACAGUCCUGAAGAACGGCACGGAAACCUUUGAGGCCUGGGAGGACCCUCCCCCCCCAGUCUACAUGCAGUUCUACUUCUUCAACGUGACAAAUCCUUUGGAAGUGCUCCAAGGCGCUACUCCUCUCGUGGAGGAAAUAGGACCCUACACCUACAGGGAAUACAGGCCAAGAGUGCACGUCCAGUUUUUGGACAACGGAACCAAAGUGUCUGCUCUAAACCCAAAGACUUACGUAUUUGAACCUCAGAAGUCAGUGGGAGACCCUGAAGUGGACCUGAUCAGGACAGUAAAUAUUCCUGCAGUGACUGCCAUGGAGUGGACCAGGUCAACCCCUAUGCAGUUUGCCACAGAGGUGCUGCUGCUCCUGUACCAGGAGUCCCUGUUCACCGUCCGCAGCGUCCAUGAGCUGCUGUGGGGCUACAGGGACAGGCUGCUGGCCACCAUCCACGUCCUGCAUCCUGAGAUCGAUCCCAUCUUCGGCCUCUUCAACAAGAUGAACGGAACCGACGAUGGAGAGUACGUUUUCCUGAGCGGGGAAACAAACUACCUGAACUUCUCCAGGAUUGUGGAGUGGAAAGGAAAAGAGUCCUUGAGCUGGUGGACAACAGAAGCAUGUAACAUGAUCAAUGGCACAGAUGGGACAUCCUUUCACCCACUGAUCAGCAAAGAUGAGAACAUUUACAUCUUUUCUUCCGAUUUCUGCAGGUCCCUGUUCCUGGUGUACGACAGCUCGGGAGCCGUGGCCGGGGUGCCCACGUUCCGCUUUGUGCCCUCCUCCAUGGUGUUUGCCAACACCUCGGUGAACCCGGCCAACGCCGGCUUCUGCGUGCCCGCCGGCAACUGCCCCGGCACCGGCGUGCUCAACGUCAGCGUCUGCAAGCAGGGUGCUCCGAUAUUUCUGUCAGCUCCACAUUUUUACCAGGCAGAUCCAAAGUUUGUAGAGGACAUAGAGGGCAUGCAUCCCAGAAAAGAAUACCAUGAGACAUUUCUAGACAUCAAUCCUCUGACAGGGCUCGUCUUGCAGGCAGCCAAGCGGAUGCAGGUCAACGUUCACGUCCGAAAAUUACCUGAAUUUUUUGAAACCGGCAACAUCCGAACGCUGAUUUUCCCAGUGAUGUAUAUAAAUGAGAGUGUUCUGAUUGAUGAAGCAUCUGCCAGCAAACUCAGGCACGUCCUGCUGGAAGCCAGUGUUGUGACUGGGAUCCCCUUUGUAAUCAUGGCUCUGGGAAUUGUGUUUGGGAUUGUUUUCAUUGUGCUGGUGUGCAGGUCCCAGGGGACAAGUGAAGAGAGCACGGAAGAAGAGAGGUCCCCACUCAUCAGGACUUCUUAGUAGAUUUUCUUUACCCUGUGAGCUUGGAGAAUAAACCAUUAGAGCUGACCUAACACCAACUUGUCCCCAGUGGAGACACGGUCGUGUCCAGCGUCACUUUUGGUGGGACAGAAGUGGAAGGGAAUCUGCACUGUCAGCCAGAGGAGGAGACUUUUUUCUCACCGGCUACGUUACAACUUUCAAACUCCAUUUUAAAACUGCUCCAGAUCCUGCUUUUCUCAACCCUGCCCUCUGCACCCACACUGGCAGCCACUGAGGAUCGUAACCACUGGAUGGGCGACCACAAGCCGGCCCCAUUCCCUACGGGAGCGACGCGGGCGGCGUUUACAGGCUGCCCUGGGAGCGUGGACGGCCUCCUGGGAACACUGGGCUCCUGGACAGCCCCGGGAGCAGGACAGAUGUGCCGUGGGCCGGGUGUGCCCCAUCCCUGGCGUGUUGCGUGUCCAAGCUCCAGGCGGAACCGAGCCGGCGGCUGGAAGCGCUGUUCCAUGCGGAUCACCUAACUGUUCCCACUCUGCUUGUUAUCCAGGCUUUCAUCCUUCAGGUGUGGGUUUUGUUCUGCAGCUUCAGGCACCUGAGCUCAGCGUUGUUCUCGGGGUGCAGGGGACAAAGCCCCAGCGGGUGUUGUUGUGGGGGUUUGCACGUUUGGGAUGAGAGCACACUCCCUCUGUGUUAUGGACAGGGUCCUGCGAAGCCCUGACACUUUUUUACUUGUCAAGCAGAAACUUGUGUUCAAAGUCACAAAGGUUCCUCCCCCGCUUCCCGAUUAAAAGAAUAUUCUCAUCGAGGAAUGUUUC